AUGGUAGAUAAUUAUCAUUCGUCGCUAGACGGAGCAAAGACACCCAUCCAGUCUGAUGGCUCUGUGCAGAAGUCUGAUUUGGCUGAAACCGAUGGCCCGUCGUCGAAAUCGUCCCAGAUCGCAGCGGUAGGGGAAUCAAUUGCAUACAGUGUUCGCAACUUCCUUGAACUACGCCAGGGUGGCAUUCACGAUGGCGCUGGGGUGGUCUUUGACAAGAUAUCAGCUGUGGGAAGCGGAACCGGAUCACAAGAUGCACCCACCGUCACGUCAGCAACUCAGUCGGCCUUUGGGCUGUUGAGUCCUCUGCAGAACAGAGCAAGGAAACAGUAUUCUCGACCCAUCCUCAGCGGAUUCUCUGGCACAAUUGAACCCGGAGAAAUGUUGUUGGUACUAGGUAAGCCGGGAAGUGGGUGUACAACCUUCUUGAAGACCCUGUCGGGCUUGUGGGACGAGUACAAGGAGAUCCAGGGUGAACUCACUUUGGGCGGUCAUCCACUGCAAGAUGUGAUGGAAAAGCGGCCCCAAGAUAUCAUUUUCUGCGCCGAAUCUGAUGACCACUUUCCUACGUUGACCGUGGCAGAGACCCUACGCUUUGCGACCAGAGCAAGAUGCGGUCCGAAGGUCUCGGCCAGUGAGAUUGAAACAAUGAUUACCCAGUUGGCAAGGCUAGUUGGUCUUGAAAAUGUCCUGAAUACUAAGGUAGGAGAUGCGAAGAUAAGAGGUGUCAGUGGCGGAGAGCGAAGGCGGGUGUCUCUGGCGGAGGCCCUAGCCACCUGUGCCCGCCUGAUCUGCCUGGAUAAUCCAACCCAUGGCCUGGAUUCGUCCACAGCAGUUGAAUUCAUGGAGAUGAUGCGCGAGUGGACGACACAAAGUCAAUGUGUGGCCGCUAUGAGCGUCUAUCAAGCCAGUGAUGCAAUUGUCUCCUACUUUGACAAAGUCAUGGUGAUCAAUUCUGGUCGCCAGAUCUUCUACGGCCCGGUCCACGAGGCGAAGGCAUAUUUCGAAGAUCUCGGGUUCGAGUGCUUAUCGACUACCACUAUUGCCGACUUCCUCAAUGUGAUGUCCGCCGACCCAGACGUGCGACGAGCUCAGGAAAAUAAGGAAAACCAGGUCCCACGAACGGCGGAGGAGUUUGAACGUGCAUUUAGUGCGAGUCAUAUCCACCAGGAAAUGCAAGUCUCGGUGCAGGUGGCCAAGGAGCAAUCCCAAGCCAACGCCAGUCCUCUUGUCAAAACGUCGGCCUUCGCUCUCCCUAUCUGGCAUCAGAUUUGGUACUGUGCCGGGCGCCAAUUUCGCAUCGUCACUAGUGAUUAUAGCUUGUGGGCGGUGGAGCUCACUACUAUCGUCGUUCAAAGUUUGGUGUUAGGUACGCUGUUCCGAAACCAGCAGCGAACGACCAACUCCCUCUUUAUCUUCGCGUCCUCCUUGUUCUACUCGGUCCUAGUCCCGGCCCUACAGGCCAUGGCUGAAUUUGGAAAUGGAUUCGCUCAGCGACCGCUCAUUCUAAAGCAGAAACGAUACCAAAUCUCUCGCCCGAUUGCCUACGCUUUCGGCCUGGUCACCACAGACGUUGUGUGGAAGGUGGCUGCGAUCUGCUAUAAUAUCCCCUUGUACUUCCUGACCGGCUUCCAACGGACGGCCGGGAAUUUCUUUACCUGGUUCCUCAUUAUCUACCUGGAACAUCUCGCACUAUCGAUGUUCUUCCGCUCGGUGGCCAUCUUCUCUCCUAACAUGCAUCGGGCCGUGCUUCCAGUGGGAAUCUUCUUUAACAUGUAUGUCCUCUACACGGGGCUCUACGUGCCUGCACCACAGAUGCAAGUAUGGCUCGGGUGGUUGCGAUAUCUAAAUCCCCUAUAUUAUGCAUUUGAGUCGGUGGCGGCGAAUGAAUUUGGAGACCUCAGCUACCAGUGCAGCGCCUCAGAUCUGGCCCCAUCGGGGCCAGGAUAUACCGACAUGGCCCAUCAGGUCUGUACAAUAGUAGGAUCUCAACCUGGGGAUGAUUUAUUGUCCGGAGCUUCAUACAUCCGUGCCCAGUACGGAUUUGAAACCUCCACCACCUCUGGCGGAAUCAUUGGAAUGGAGAUGUUGAAGACCCCUGCAGGUCAAUUGGCCACCGUUUUCUACAAGAAAAGCCCAAGAGGAAUGCAACGCCGUGAUAAAACCGAUGGCGAAACAGGACCAGUUCACGAAAUUGAAAAUUUGGAGAUAUCAGCUGGCCAAGGCAAUGACGGUCAAGAACAUCAGAACCUCGACAAGAGUCACACUCUUGCAUGGACGAAUCUGUGUCUGGACAUCAAAACCAAGGAUGGCGAACGACGACUGCUGAACAAUCUGAGUGGCUCGGUUGAGAGUGGACAGCUCAAGGCUCUAAUGGGAGUCUCGGGCGCUGGGAAAACCACCCUGUUGAAUGCACUCGCAGGUCGUUCCAACUUUGGGACUCUCACAGGAACACUAGCGCUCAACAGUCAACUGCUGCCCACAUUCUUCCGAAGUCGAAUGGGUUACGUGCAACAGCAGGACAUUCAUCUCCCCACUCAGACCGUGCGUGAGGCAUUGCAAAUGACUGCACGACUUCGACGCCCAAACUCGAUCAGUUUGGCGGAGAAGAAUGCAUACGUCGAGCAUGUGAUCAAAUGGUUGAAUAUGGAGCAUAUUGCGGACGCCCUAGUUGGUGUGCCGGGUGCCGGACUCAAUCUCGAACAGCGGAAAAAAGUCAGUAUUGGUGUGGAGAUGGCAUCUAAACCAGAGAUUCUCUUCCUAGAUGAACCAACCUCGGGUCUCGAUGGACAGUCCGCUAUGUUGAUAGCUCGCUUACUUCGUCGUCUGGCGGAUUCGGGCCAAGCCAUUCUCUGCACAAUCCAUCAACCGGCAGCCGAGCUUAUCGACCAGUUUGAUGAGUUGUAUCUACUAAGCCGGGGAGGAAACUUGGUCUAUGACGGUGCCCUAGGAACACGCUGCCACAAGGCAAUCCAGUAUUUCCAGCCAAACAGCCGUCCCUGCGGCCCAGAAGAGAACCCGGCAGAGUAUUUCCUAGCGGUGAUUGGGGCUGGAUCUCGCAACGAUGCCCACGUGGAUUGGGCUAGUCUCUGGAAUGAUAGCCAGCAGGCUAAGGAGCGAGAGAAGGUGGAACAAAGCCUGGUUCCUGCUUCCGGACAAGCACCACAGCUGGAGAAACAAUCGUUAUAUUCGGUACCAUUCCAUGUACAACUGUGGGUGGUAGUUCAACGGACGUGGCUAUACUACUGGAGAGAACCGGAUUAUGUCACGUCUAAGCUCUGGAUGAGCGUGGGAAACUCCCUCCUGAACUCCCUCACGUACCUGCAGUCCCCCAACACGGAGAGAGGGGCGUAUAAUCGGGUUUUCUCUGCCUUUAUGUCACUUAUCGUUGGUCCCCCGCUAGGACUGCAGGUGCAACCGCGCUUCGUGACCCUACGAGAUAUUUUUGUCCACCGGGAGCGAGAGAGUUUGACCUACCACUGGAUGGCCUUUGUCUUAUCCGCAUUUAUCGUGGAAUUGCCCUUCACGUUCUUCAGCUCGCUGAUCUAUUGGCUGCUUUGGUAUUUCCCAGUUGGCUAUUUCUACGCUCCCGACCGCGCAGGGUACAGUUUCCUCAUGUACGAACUGUUUGGAGUCUUCGCCACUAGUCUGGCUCAGCUGUGCGCAUCGCUGAUGCCUAACAUCGAGGCAGCCUUUGCCGCUAAUGGAUUCUUCUUCAUGUUCUGCAACACCUUCGCGGGCACACUUUCGCCGAAGCCGGUCACCCCCUCGGGCUGGCGCUGGUUUUACAAUAUCUCUCCCCUAUUUUACCUUGGCGAGGGCGUUACCGUGGAUGUGUUGCAAGAUUUGGCUAUUCAAUGCAAGGAGUCGGAGGUUUCAGUCUUCUACGCUGCGAAUGGCACGAGCUGUGGCCAGUAUGCUGAGGACUUCCUGAAAACUGCCACGGGAUAUCUACUCAAUCCAGCAAGCACAACGGAAUGUCAAUACUGCCGAUAUCGUGAUGGACAAUCAUACUACCAACAAUAUGGCUAUGAGUUUGCGCAUCGGAAUCGCAACAUUGGCAUUUUCAUUGGCUUUAUUGCUUUCAAUUUCACCAUGGUUUUGGUGAUGACCUAUAUUACCAAGACGCGCCGUCACUGA